CCAAUUGCUGGAUCUCAGCCGCGAGCGCAGUCUCCACCCACUGGAAACAUUCCUGGUCCGCCCCUCCCUGGCUCCCUCCCUCCUUCCCUCCUCCCGCCGCAGCCUGGACCCGGUUCGGCCGCAACUUCCUGCCGUGUGCUGGGGAACCGUGCGCAUUCCGGGGGUCCCCCGGAGUCUGGGUGCUCGCAGCGGGCGGAGGCUGGGACCGCGGGGCGGCCAGCCGUGGGCGGGAGCAGCCGGCGGCCACUGCGGCUUCCGAGAGCGACUUUCAAAUUCCAACCCGCUUCGCCGCGCCACCUGGGCAGCCCCGCGCGCCUGGCGCGUCGCGAGCCGGCGGGGCGGCCACGGCUUGAAUCUCCCCGAGGUGACAGUCCCAGGCAGCGAUGCCAGGAUGCCCGUCUCUACUGCCCUCCACCAAGAUGGCAGCCAGGAGCGGCCACCGAGCCUAAUGUCUACCACAUCCUCAUCUGGCUCCUCCCGUGACAGCCACAGUGCCAUGGAGGAGCCGACUGGCUCCGAGGCUGCAGCCCAGAACGGGACAGGCUCCCCUUGGGGCCGGCAUGUUCCCAACAGCAACAACAACUCCAGCGGCUGGCUGAACAUGAAGGGCCCUCUCUCCCCAUUCAACGGCCGUGCAGGGACAGGCCCUGCCUAUCACAAGCUCAGCUAUCUGGGCCGGGUGGUGCGAGAGAUCGUGGAGACAGAGCGCAUGUAUGUGCAGGACCUGCGGAGCAUUGUGGAGGACUACCUCUUGAAGAUCAUCGACACCCCCGGGCUCCUGAAGCCGGAGCAAGUCAGCGCCCUCUUUGGGAACAUAGAGAGCAUAUAUGCACUGAACAGCCAGCUUCUCAGAGACCUGGACAGCUGCAAUAGUGACCCCGUGGCAGUUGCCAGCUGCUUCGUGGAAAGGAGCCAAGAGUUUGAUAUAUACACUCAGUAUUGCAACAACUACCCCAACUCAGUGGCAGCCCUCACGGAGUGCAUGCAAGACAAGCAGCAAGCCAAGUUCUUCCGGGACCGGCAGGAGCUGCUGCAGCACUCCCUGCCCCUGGGCUCCUACCUGCUGAAGCCGGUCCAACGCAUCCUCAAGUACCACCUGCUGCUCCAGGAAAUUGCCAAACAUUUUGAUGAAGAAGAGGAUGGCUUCGAGGUGGUAGAAGACGCCAUUGACACCAUGACGUGUGUGGCCUGGUACAUCAAUGACAUGAAGAGGAGGCACGAGCACGCAGUUCGGCUACAGGAGAUCCAGUCACUGCUCAUUAACUGGAAGGGACCAGACCUGACCACCUACGGGGAACUGGUCCUGGAAGCCACCUUUCGCGUGCACCGUGUGCGCAAUGAGAGAACUUUCUUCCUCUUUGACAAGAUACUGCUCAUUACCAAGAAGCGAGGCGAUCACUUUGUCUACAAGGGCCACAUUCCGUGUUCCUCACUGAUGCUGAUCGAAAGCACCAGGGACUCUCUGUGCUUCACCGUCACCCACUAUAAGCACAGCAAACAACAAUACAGUAUCCAGGCCAAGACAGUCGAGGAGAAACGGAGCUGGACUCACCACAUCAAGAGGCUCAUCCUGGAGAAUCACCAUGCUACUAUACCCCAGAAGGCCAAGGAAGCCAUCUUGGAAAUGGACUCCUAUUAUCCCAGUAGGUAUCGCUGCAGCCCGGAGCGGAUGAAAAAGGCUUGGUCCUCACAGGAUGAGGUGUCUGCCCAUGUGCGCCAGGGACGUCGGCAGUCUGAGCCCACCAGGCACCUGCUCAGGCAGCUGAGUGAGAAAGCCAGAGCAGCAGGAAUGAAGCACGCAGGGAGUGCCGGAGCCCUCUUGGACUUUGGGCAGCUACCCCAUGCACAGGACCGGCAGCCAGAGGCUGAGGGGGCUGCCAGGGAGGAGCUUGAGGAAGAGGAGGAGAUAGUGGAGGAGGAAGAGCAGCAGCAGCAGCAGGCCUUUCCGGUCUCCCUGGAGGACCUGGCAGGGCAUGGUGGCAACGAGAAGGUGCCUGGGCCAGAGCCCCCGGGCUCGGAGGAGGAGGAAGAGGAGGAAGAGAGUCUAGCAGUGGCGGAGCAGGUAGCUGACUUUGCCAGCUCCCUGCUGGCCGCCCUCCACUGCUGGCACUAUCGAGCCAACGCUUUACUUUUCUCCCGGGGUGCUAUGGGGAAGAGACAUGGGGAGUCUGAAGGCUCUAAAAGCUGCAGAAGGCCCAGUGACCGGUCUCCAACCAGUGUGGAGAAACGCAUGAGCUUUGAGUCUGUUUCUUCUAUGCCAGAGGAGAGCAGUGAGCAGGUUGAGACAGAUCCUGAGCCCGGGGCUGAGCAGGAGGCCUUUACUGCCUUGGAAGGUCCCAGCCCUGAGGAGAUGCCUUCAGACCCAGAAUUUCCAGAAGCCCUGGAGACACAGCUUCAUGACCCCAAGGGGCUGCUAGGAGUGGACAAGCCCGCUGGUGAGGUAGAUUUUGUGGAGCCUGAGGGGUCUGAAGACCUUAAGACCCUGAGUAGUGAGGAGGAAGAAGAGGAGGAGAUGGGAGCCACCCAGGAACCCGAGAGCCUCCUGCCACCCUCUGUGCUGGACCAGGCCAGCGUCAUUGCCGAGAGGUUCGCCAGUAGCUUCUCUCGGCGGAGCAGCCUGGCAGCGGAGGACGGCAAGUGCAGUGGCCUCGGGACACCACGGCUCAUCAGCAGGAGCAGCAGCGUGCUCAGCCUGGAGGGCAGCGAGAAGGGCCUGGCCCGAUGGAGCAGCACUGGAGACUCCCUCAGCAACCCGCCCGCCCCAGAAGUGAUCAUCGGUACAGACACAGUCACGGACACUGGCCCUUCUGUCAAUGGGACAGAAUCUCUAGGUGCAGGCUCAGGCUGCCCCACGGAACUGGAUAGAUCUUCCUGCAAGAAAAAGGAAUCAGCAUUGUCUACCCGAGACCGACAGUUGCUGGACAGAAUUAAGAACUACUAUGAAAACGCAGAGCACCACGAUGCCAGCUUCAGCAUCCGUCGGCGGGAGAGCCUCUCCUACAUCCCUAAAGGACUGGUGCGCAACUCCGUGUCCAGGUUCAACAGCCUUCCCAAACCAGAUCCAGAGCCAGCAGCUCCUGUUGGGUACAAGAGGCCGGGGAGUUCUCGGCCAGCUUCAUGGACCUUGUUUGACCUCCCAGGUCCCAGCCGGGCAGACGAAGGGGACCCAGCUCCUAUCACAGAUGCGGAGUUCCGUCCAUCUUCAGAAAUUGCCAAGAUAUGGGAAAGAAUGGAGUCUUCGCAGAGAAGUCCCCGGACAGGGUCUGGCCAGAGCCAGGCCAAUGGCUUUGAGCUACAAGAGCCACUGUUCAUCUUGGAGGAGCAUGAGCUGGGGGCCAUCACUGAGGAGUCUGCUGUCGCCUCUCCAGAAAGUGCCUCUCCCACUGAGCAUCCCAGCCCAGCCCACCUGGCCCGGGAGCUGAAAGAGCUGGUGAAGGAGCUGAGCAGUGGUGUCCAGGGGGAGCUGGUUACCCCACUGCACCCCCGUAUUAUGCAGCUCUCCCAUGUGAUGGACAGCCAUGUGAGUGAGCGUGUCAAAAACAAGGUCUACCAGUUGGCCCGCCAGUAUAGCCUCCGAAUUAAGAACAUCAAGGCAGCUAGGCCACCUCUACACUGGGAAAAAGCCACUCCUGAUGGGGAUGAGCCCAUCCCUUCCAUUUCUGGCCUGCCUGUGGAAGCUGGAGAGCUGUCAGGGGGCAAAGCCAGGAGGAAGCCUGUGCUAUCCCUCCUCAGCUAUGAGCAGCUGGUGGCUCAGGAGCAUGGCACCUCCAAGUCUUCCUCUGCUGUGGAGACCUCUCCACGCCGUUUCUCCUUCAGCCCUUCUGCUGUCAGCCCAAGAACCACCUCACCUGGGUCUCGGUCCUCCGCUCGGAGCCCCCUCAGCCCCUUUGACACUGAGACCUUCAACUGGCCCGAUGUCCGAGAGCUCUGCUCCAAGUAUACCUCCCACGACAAGACUGCUCAGGCCGAGAGCAGCUGGCCCCGUAGCCUGCUGGUCAACAGGAGCCGCUCCUUGCCUGAGAACAUUAUAGAACCUCCUGUGUCUGGCAAGGCGGACCACUGCUGCAGCCUGAACACCAAUGGGCGCCAGGGAGAUGGGGAGGCCAGCCAGCCUCCACCUCCUGAGUCUCCUCCCCAAAGCCAGCUGAAUGGAGGUGAAGCCCUGUAUGUCACCGCAGACCUUACCCUAGAGAACAACCGGCGAGUGAUCAUCAUGGAGAAGGGGUCCCAUCCUAGCUCUACCAUGGGACUGGAGGAAGACAGUGGGAAGGAACCAAGUGCCUCAGUGGUUUUGAAGGGACAGGGCCAAGGUUUCCAGGAGUCUGCAGAGCACCAGCCCAAAGAAGACAGUCCUAGGGACUCAGCGGACACAAACAAACAGGGUAGAGUGAGAAACCUGAGGGAGAAGUUCCAGGCCUUGAACUCUGUGGGUUGACUGACUCCUGAAGGAGAGAACGUGUGGCGGCGGAAAGGACCUGGCGUGCUUUCCCCCAGGCCUGGCACACCAGGCUGUUCUCCAUUCUUCUGGAAGAGUGGUUUGGGAAACGUGAACUCACCUGCUACCCGUGCUGGCACCUCCCCUCCCUGGGGAGGUCCCAUGAUGACUUUCCUUAGGUCCAGAUGAGCCACUUACCUUUUCUGUAAAUACUUCCCUGAUAAGAAGCCAACGAUUUUAUUUAAACUUAUUCUGCCCAGGGAGAGCAAGCACUGUCCUGGCUUCCCUUACUGGCUGGCCACUGCCCAGCUGAGAACCAAGGCGAGACCUAGGAAGCAGUCUGGGCAGGCUUUGCCCUUUAACUGCCUUGUCAUAGGACCCAGGCAGGAAUGAGGCCAAUAAUUUAUUGCUUUCCAUCCUGUGGUGUGUGUGUGUGAGUGAGUGUGUGUGUGUUGUAAAGACUGUAAUGGACCUAAUUCAGGUACUCUGGCAGGCUGUCUUGCUGGCCCUGUGGUCCUUGCUAAUGUUAAUGUACACACAUUUCAUUAUUUACCUAUGGUGCAAUAAGCACUAUGACCAACCAA